AUGGCGGCCUACGAGCAGGUUCAGAAGGGGCCCCUGAAACUAAAAGGUGUUUCAGAGCCCGGUGUGACCAUGCAGAAGAAGAAAAAGAAGGACAGAGACAAGGCGAAACUCCUGGAAACUAUGGGAACAAGCAAAAAGAACGAGGAUGAGAAGCGGCGCGGCCUGGACAAGUGAACCCUGGCCCAGGUGGCCUUCAAGAAGAUGCAGAAGCGGCAAAUGGAAAGGAUCCUAAAGAAAGCAUCCAAAACCCACAAGCAGAGAGUGGAGGACUUCAACAGACACUUGGACACCCUUACGGAGCACUCUGACAUUCCCAGUCAGCUGGACGAAGUAGCCUCCCCACCCAGGAGCCUAGGGAAGCCACUUAAACCUUCAUGGCCUUCAGAAUGCCUCCUCAGCCACUUGGUGUGUGAGACAAUGCAGCCUGGGAAGCAGAACAACCGCCUAAGGGACACCUUAGGGGUGACAGGACCUGGCCAGAGCCCCAGCACAGGCAGGACAGUCAAAGCGGAUGACGGAGGUCCUCGUGCUGGAGAGCCACGAUCUCUGAGGACCUGUGUUGUAUCUACAUGA